AUACUUUUCUACUUGGGCUUUCUCUGUCUUUCUGUUUGUUCCUCUUUCUCUGCACCUACGUAUCUUUCCACCUCACUUCAACACUGCUGAGCAAAACCAAGAGUCUUGGUGCUAUCACAGGGAUCCUAUGAUCAAGAGCCAACCAAGACAGUCCACUGGAGCUAUGGGCAGGCCUCAGAGGAACCCCCCUGGGCAGCACAAACACUGUGAGAAAUGUUUCACCCGGUACUGCCGAGUCCCCAUCGAGCCCACCAUCUCCUGCAUGGUGAUCAACUGCCACUUGCACUGUGGUGCUGCCUUUCACAAGUGCAAAGAGGAAGAACACCAACUCCUGUGUCCCCUCGAGCAGGUAGCAUGCCUCAACUCAGCCUAUGGCUGCCCCUUCUCCAUGGCCCGCUUUAAGCUGGCAAAGCACCUCCAGGUCUGUCCAGCCAGCAUUGUGUGUUGCUCUAUGGAAUGGAAUCGCUGGCCGAAUGUGGACUCAAACACUAUCCUACAUCAGAACAUUAUGAAGGAACCACAUAACGAGGAGUGUCUGGAUACAGCACUAGCCCUCCGAGAUCAGAAGAUUCUUUUUAGGAAUCUGAAGGUGGCUGAGUUGUUUCCCGAGUGGAGAGAAGAUGAUGAAAUGGAAGCGCUAAUGGUUGAAGAUGCACGUUUAGAACAAGGAGCUGUUGGAGGAGCAUUCUGUGGUUCUACAGAAAAUGAUGGCCAAGUGGUAGAGCUGAGCCAAUUUGAGCGUGAGGAGUUGGCAGUAGACAAAGAGGGGAUGGACCUGUUAGGUUACAAAACCUGGGAAAACAUUUUUAGCAAGGAACUUUCAGCUUGCAAGGUAACAGGCUCAUCAGAAACCACAGAAAAAAAGGAAUGUGGGAACUCCAAGAAAACAGUGCCAGUUUCUUCUGGAGACAAACCCAAAGAGAAGUCAAAGGAGGCAUCUGCCAUGGAGGACCCAAAAGACGACAAAAAACCUCAUGAAGUCAAUAUACCUGCAGAAAAGACAGGCCUGGCCCCUUGGCAAGAUGGGGUUCUGGAAAGGUUGAAAAAAGAAGUUGAUGUAGGUGGUUAUAACAUGUACCUGGUGCAUCAUGGGAGAAUGCUUAUCCAUUUUGGCCAGUUAGCUGCUUGCACACCCAAAGAAAAAGAUUUUGUCUAUGGGAACUUGGAGCAUCAAGAAGUGAAAACCGUCUGUACCUUUAAAGUGCCUACCAGCUAUUAUGGCAAAAGAGCACGACUUGGAGAUGCCCUGGGACAUAAGAUGCCAAGUGCGAACAAGUCAGUGGAUACUUCAGAGUUGGGAAUAAAUGUGGAAGAACUACCCAAAUCGGAUGUAGUCAGAACUACACUACUGUGUGCAUUGGAAAAAGAACUGAAAGGUCACGAGAUAUCCGAAGCAAAGAGUAUUGAUGGGCUGUUCAUGGAUUUUGGAACACAGACAUACACAUUUCAAGCAGAACCCUUCUCUGCUAGGACAACUCUAGCAGAUGUUCUGGAUGCACAGAACCCCCCAGAACUCCAUGUAGAGCUUUAUACACAAAGUGUGACUAGAAGGCAUAAUAAAAGCAGCUCAAUAUUCACAUUCAUGUGCAAUCACUUCUUCAGGAGGGAUGAGUUUCCUUCACAUUUCAAGAAUGUGCAUGCUGAUAUCCAGUCGUGUCUGGACAGGUGGUUCCAACACCGUUGUCCCCUUGCCUACUUGGGAUGUACUUUUGUUCAGAACAAUUUCCGUCCUCCCGGUCAUAAAGCAAAGGUUAUUUACAGCCAGCCUCUCAAGACAUUUGCUAUUAAACCACUGGUUGACCCUGUGCUUUCUGAAUCAGAGAAAUGCAACUUCAAAAUGAGGAUUCAAGUUGAAGAUAAGUGCUCUCUAAGCAGCCUCCCAGCAGAACUGCUGAAAUACAUUGCCAGCUUCUUAGAUAGCUUCAGCUUGUCUCAGUUGUCCCAAGUGUCUGUGCUAAUGAGGGACAUCUGUGCCACUCUGCUUCAGGAGAGAGGAAUGGUCUUCCUGCUGUGGGAGAGAAAGAGAUAUUCUCAUGGAGGCACUUCAUGGAGAGCUCGUAAAAAGAUUUGGCAAUUUAGCAGCCUGUUCUCACCUGUUAACAAGUGGCAAUUCAAUGAAGUUCCCUGCAUGUCUGAACAUCUGAAAGCUUGUCCAUUCUAUGAAGUGGAACACAAGAAGGACCCGAUCUGGCUACCCAGCAUGUGUGAAUCUCAAGGGCAGGAUCAAGAGACUUUGGUUUCUGCCUUCAAGCGUAGAUUCUGAGCAGAUAAACACAACUCCACCCAGGUCACUCACUGGAGCAUUGGGUGCAGAUUGUUACGUGGGCACUUCAGGAGAAAAGUCCCUUUGGAAUUAUAAAAUCAUCCUUCUGCUAUUUUGCCUGGAAUAUGCUGCAUCUUUUUUCUUGCGUUAUUUUAACCCUCAGCACUUCACUCAGCUGUAGACUUCUGGCACGCUGGUUGCUAAUGUCACCCGCUUUCUAUUUAUUUUUUGUUUCUUGGCCUCUCAGCAUGGCCACUCAGAAAAAGCAAUGAUUAAUGUGUAUGCUUUACAUGGAGCCAUUUUGGCAGUCUGGAAGUCAGGGAAAUGCUACUGGCCCAACAGUGUCCUUGAAGAAGGGAAGAACAGUUAGAGCACCUAGCUUGUAUAAAUCAGAUGCACAUCAUGGUCAGCAUGCAGAAUCAUCCACAACUAAACACAUGACACAGGGAAGUUCCUGAAUUGUGCCCUUUCUUAGAACAUUUUGCUUCAAUAUUGACAGACAUGGCAAUAGUAAGGGUGUUGGGAUGCACAGGAACAGGAAACCAAGCCCUGGAAUGGUGGCUGUGUCAUAGCUUCAUGAGAUAUAUAAUCUAAGAUUCAGCAAUGCAUAAAACAGCAGCAAAAUAGCAUCUAAAGAAAAAGGAUGGAGAUUCCAAUUCAGGAAAGCCUCCUGCUGCAGGGCAGCAUUUCAUGAGGGGCACUGGCAGGGCUGUGGGGCAGGGGGCUGCAGGUUGGGAGUGAGGGGCACCAGCAAGGCUGGGGGGGAGGGCAGGUGGGAGGCUGUGGUUUGGGAGUGAGGGGCAGAGGCAGGGCACAGGCAUAUCACUGCCCCCCAAUCAUAUACCCUGCCCCCCCCCCCCCCGGUGUCUUCUUUUUUUGAUCCUGGAAAUAUGGUAACCCUAAUUCAGUAGGGGGCUGUAGGAGAGAGAGUUUAAACUUUCCUAACCAAAAUUUUUCUUCAUAAUUGACUUUAUUUUCCAAAAUCAAAAAUCGGGGGUAAAAAAAAUAUUGACUUUUUGGAGGUUUUUAAAAGUUUUACAGAGGUUUGAUUUAAAACACAUUAAAUUUUUCACGAACAGUAUCAGAAUUUCUCAUGCACCCAGUUUCAGUAAAAAGUUUACAAAGAGAGAUUUUCUGUAAAUGGAACAUUUCAGAAACCAACUCAGUGAUAGUUCUGAUAAAGUUUACUAUAAAAGUUUCCAAUAAAAAAAUGCAAAAACCUUUAAAAAAACUCCAAACCAUGAAAAAAUGAAAGCAACUUUAACAAAUCUCACAGAUAUUUGUGGGGGAGGGAUUGAUAAGUUGUAGUUUAAAUUUAAACACUUGCUCAAGUUGUUUCCUGACUUGGGGCCUUGAUUUAUAUAUGAAACUGCUUACUAGUCUGUGCUUACUUCUUUCUUCCACCUUUGAUGUGGAUUCUUGUACAUAGCUUGGAAUGGAUCAUAUAUGAAAUAGGAUUUAGGGUUUGGGGGUUUUAAUUGGUUUGUUUUUUUAUAAAUAGGUAAUUUAAAAAAACAAACUUCGCCAGGGGAAAGUGCCUGCAGGGGAGCAAGAUGCAACUAACAAUGAAUGGACCAGUUACAAUAUUAAUUUCAAUCAGCAUAUGUCAAAUUCCACAAAGCCACUCUAAAUAAAGUUCCCCCCUCGCCCCCCCUCCUGGAGCAUGUGUAUAAAUGCCCUAUGAGAGGUGGACUUGGGAACUCAUUUUGAGUCCCUGACCUCCUACCAUCUUGCUUCUUCUUUUGUAAUGCUUACCUGUAAAGAGAAGGUGCUGGAGUCCAACUAGAAAGACGAUGCAACUUCUGCAAAUGUAGUAAUUCAAAAAGGGAUC